AUUGUUGUUAUUAUUAUUAUUUUCCACAUAUUAAAAAAUAAGAAGAAAAUAAAAAGUUAGACAUCAUUAUUGUGUGAUUUUAUCUUGUUCUUCUUCUCCUUGUGGCCUUCUUCCCUCUAACAUUCCCUGUGGUUUCUCUGAACAUAUUUAUAUAAAGGUUGUGCUAUAGCCUUAGAGGCUCAUUUGGUUUAAUUUGCCUAUGUCAUAUCAUAUGUACUCCUUUUUUCAUUUCCUCUCUCAUUUUUGGAGUAUUUGAUUUGAUGUGCAUAUAUAUACACACACAUUACAGGUAUAUAUAUGCUUAGAUAAUCAAAAAAUAUAUACCAAGUUUUGUGUUUGGUUUAUAUAUAUAGUUCUCUCUUUCUCUCUCUUUCAUUCUUAUUCUUCUUCUUCAUCUUCAUCUUUUCAUCUUCUUGUUAGAGUGUGUUGAUUAAUUGGUGUGACUCAAAAAAUGGCUCAAUUGCCACCAAAAAUUCCAAACAUGACACCCAAUUGGCCAGACUUUUCUUCUCUUCACCAAAAGAUGCCUUCCCUCCAAACCACGUCAUCAAACCAAAACCCUUCAUGGGUGGAUGAGAUUCUUGAGUUCUCAGUGGCGAGGCGCGGGGCCCCCCGGCGGUCGGUGAGCGACUCCGUCACUUUCCUGGAGGCACCAUUGCUGGACCACCAUCAUUGCAAAGGUGGCAGUGUUGUUGGUGGUGGCGGCGGCAACAACGAGUUCGAGAGGUUCGAUGAUGAACAAUUCAUGUCCAUGUUUAGUGAUGAAGCUUCAGGGAACAAUAACAAUAAUAAUACCAUGAUGGCACACACGUUGUCCUCCUCCAACCCUUCUACACCCUCUGAUCACAACAGCAUCAAUGAUGAGAAGGAAAUGGAAAAUAAGGAAGAGGAAGAGAAGAAGCAAUUGAAGAAUGAAUCGGAGGAUGAGGAUAAAAGCCAAUGCAAACAAGAAAUCACACAACUUCCCAACAAUGAUGACAGUAAUAAUACUAGUAAUGCAAAUGCAACAUGUUCCAGUGAAAAAAUCACAGACCCCAAGAGGGUCAAAAGAAUCUUGGCAAAUAGGCAAUCUGCGCAAAGAUCAAGAGUGAGGAAGCUGCAAUACAUAUCUGAGCUUGAGCGAAGUGUGACUUCAUUACAGGCCGAAGUUUCAGUGUUGUCUCCACGGGCUGCAUUUUUGGAUCAUCAACGUUUGCUUCUGAAUGUCGACAACAGUGCUUUGAAGCAAAGAAUCGCCGCGCUGGCCCAAGACAAGAUUUUCAAAGAUGCACAUCAAGAAGCACUGAAGAGGGAGAUAGAGAGACUGAGGCAAGUUUAUCACCAACAAAACAUAAAGAAGAUGGACAAUAAUGCUGCAGCGUCACCACCAUCCCAGUCCCCAUCUCCAUCACCAAAACCACGAUGUGAAACUCACACUGAAAAGGAACAGCUUAUCAAUGUUUGAAGUUUGAUUUUGAACCCUCCCUUUGAAGACUCACUCACCCUUUAUAGACUAUGAUCAAACAUAUCAACCACCCAGUGUAAGCUAGUUUAGAUGAUCUGUGAUUCUUUUCAAUUUUUCAAAAGAAAUUGCAGAAUGUUGAAAAUGGGAGAAAAGGCAAAAAGAAAAUGUAAACAACUUAAAUGCAUUUAUAGAUGUUUUUGAUAUUAUCCUCCAAUCAAAAUUAGAGUUUUCUCUCGAUAAUAUGUUUAAUUCAUUAAAUGUCAACACACAUUACAGAAAUGAAACCGAUUGGAAAACAACACCAAAAACACUUAUUGCAAUUAAGUUUUGUCAAAAGAUAAAAAAAAAAUAUUUUGUGACUGCUUGUAGCUGUAAUAAAUGGCAUCACGUACUGUUGGGUAUCACGUACUGUUGGGUAGAGAGAGGGUGAGAAUUUUUAUUAGGCAAUUGAUGAUUGAUGAAGGGAAAUGUUGUUAACCGAGAAGUGAGGGUCACAUUACAUAAUGGGGUGUGGUGAGGCCACAUUGGUGGUAAGCUUUUGCUAUCAAACUGAGGCAGUCACGUGAUUUGUUUACUUUAAAGAAAAGGGGACCACUCAAGUUGCAUGAUUGGGAAUGCAGGGAAACACAUGUGCACCAGUGACAUCAAAGAGAGGGUGGAAGAAAAAAACAGUUGUGUCUGCUUUAACUAGAUGGGAGAGAGAGAGAGAGAGAGAGAGAGAGGUACCUGUCGGAGAUUCUUUCAGUUAUUUUUUUUAUUAUUUGUUGUCUUCUUGAUUUUUUUUUCAAUUUACUUUUUUUUUGGGGGUUUCAAUAUUCAAGUUGGAAAACAAAGACUGGUGGGCGUGGGUGUUGGGAUGGAUGAAAGGAAGGUAUGUCAUUGUCAGUGAAAGUCUUGGCUCCUCUCUGGGUUUUGUUGUACUUUGUGUUACUGCUUUUAAGGGAUGUAGUGUAAUUAUCUUUAUUUGACGUGUUAAUUUGAGAGGAAAGAAAAAUCAAAGUGUAAAUAUUCAGUUGA